AUGUUUGCGUAUUUGAGUAAAAAGAUUGCAAUUCCAAAUAAUAAAAAAUUGAAAUCGAUUGCAUGGAGUAAGGAGCACGGUUACAUUGCAUGUGGUGGGGAGGAUGGAUUGAUGAAAAUCCUCAAACUGGAAGUGCAGGUGGAUUGCAAAUCUAAAGGUCUGGCAGCCCCGACUAACCUCGUGAUGAAUCAAACCCUAGAAGGACAUACAGGCAGCGUGAAGGUCUUGGCUUGGAAUGAGAAAUUCAAAAAGAUCACCACAUCCGAUCAACAGGGUCUGAUCAUCGUUUGGAUGCUAUAUAAAGGAUCUUGGUACGAGGAAAUGAUCAAUAAUCGAAACAAAUCGGUCGUUUGCAGUAUGCAGUGGGACACAGAAGGACAUCGAAUUUGCAUUGCUUACGAAGACGGGGCAGCUAUUCUGGGGUCGGUGGAUGGAAACCGAAUUUGGGGCAAAGAAUUGAAGUGUGGAAAUCUAGUUGCUGUGGAAUGGUCUCCGGAUGGAAAAUUACUUCUGUUUGGACUAAUCACUGGAGAGAUCUUUGUAUAUGAUUACUUGGGAAAUUUUUUGUCCAAAGUGCCAAUUUAUUGUUUGAACAACAUUCACGGUGCAGUUCGACUGACUGCACUACACUGGUAUCGCGGGGAACGGGGAUACGUGGAGCCCAACUGUUCCACACUGGCUGUGUGCUAUGAUAUCGGAAGGUGUCAACUGAUGCGGAAUCAGGAUGACUCGGAUCCGAUCUUACUAGACACAGGGAUCGAAAUCAGUUGUGCCGCAUGGAAUGAGAACGGAUCGUUGUUAGCGAUUGCCGGCUCGCAAAAGAGACACAUCCUUUCAGGCUCGGGACUAGGUAAAGCUACAGAAAGGGAUGUGAAUGUGGUUCAGUUCUACAAUGCACUUGGAGAUCAUUUACGCUCGUUGUAUUUACCGGGGAAAAGUUUGACCGCUUGCGCGUGGGAAGGCAAUGGAUCUCUACGGUUGGCCAUGGCUGUGGACUCCUACAUCUAUUUUGCCAAUCUUCGACCAAAUUACAAAUGGGCUUAUUGUGACAAAGCAAAUACAAUCGUCUACAGCUAUACGCGGGCCGGUUCACCGGAAACAUUUGUCGUAUUCUGGAAUACGAAAAAACAACAAGCACUGCGAAUCAUGAUAGAGUUGCCACUUUGGGCUCCACAACACGAAGAUACUCUUGCCCUUACGUUAGGGCUGUUAAAACUGAAUUGA